AUGAACAGGAAGCUUGAUUUUCUGAGACUGUUGGAUAGCUCACCUAUAUCUUCCGCAAUAAACCUGCAUUCGCUCGGAGUUUGGAUUCCUGUCCGGCCACACGUGUUUUCUCGUCGAGUUUCCGUUCAUUUAUGCGCUGGAGAGAAUGCAUUCGGCACGAUUGAGGAUAUGCGACAGGUGGACACUGUUGUUUACUCGCAUGAUCUGGACACUCUCCCAAUGGUCCUGUACCACUGCAGAACGACAAACUCGAUCGGGUUCCCGACGCGUGCGCAUAUACAUGCGGAGAUUGUAGGGUCAUCUUUCAGGCUGAUUUGCACCCCGCCCAGUAUUUCUCCACUCGGGGCGAAAAAGGCAGCUGGUCCAUCAGUCUCUUUGCCUGGUGAUAACCAGGGAAACCGGGAACGCAUCGUUGGCUUCCAUGUGAGGGUGCUUCCGAUUCGGUACUUGCAGUGCUCACUUGCAUUUCGUGGUCUAAUGUUCUCUCAUGUGUGGGAGAACGUCAAGCAGAAUGUGUUGGGAGUCUUUGUGACAGAAGAGGUUACGGAAUUAUUGAAGACACCGGUAUGGGACUCAGAGGUGGAGCAGAAAGGGCACGUCAAGGCGACGUGGUUUAGCUAUGUAUGCUUCCUCCUCGACUUGAUGCUCUACGGAAACGCGCGUAUUUCUGUUUGAUCAGUGUUCAGGCGCUUGUGGCAUAGCUCAAGAUGAUGGCAUUUCUUUCUUUGGGGGGGAAGGAUGAUGUUUCAUUCGUUGUUUGGGAAGGCGGUGUGAAUUCAUGCCAGGCUGGAUAGAAUCUAUGGUUCAUUCGUGCAUUGGUGACGGUGACUAUGUAUGGGCAGCUUCCUUCACUGACGUUCCCUUGCCAGUUCAAACGUUCAUGACGCAAACGUGCAGCCAUGGGUCAUGAAUGAUCUAUGUUCCUGCCUGCACACCGUAGACUUUAGCGUGUUGAUUUACAGAGUCGAGAGAUGAGAAAUUAUUAGGAUAGCGAUAUGUCAAAUUC